CAUGUAUUUUGUUCUUGCAUGUUGGAACUUGGAAGGCCUAUAAAUAAACGCAAUGCCAUUUGUAUCUUCCACUCAAAAAAAUGGAGAGAAUUACUCAAGUGAUUCAACAAGAAGUUAUUUUCUUCCUUUGCAUUUUCCUUAUUUGCUUUGCUAUGAUUACAGAAUCAGCCCAACUGUAUGAUGAUUCAGAAGGAAGCCCCGCACCCAUUGAAACAAAGCAUCAUAAACACAAACAUGCAGGCUUCACCGGGGCUGAAUGCCCAGAUGCAUGCACAGUUAGAUGUUCAAAGACAGCAUACAAGAAGCCAUGCAUGUUCUUUUGCCAAAAAUGUUGUUUCAAGUGCAAAUGUGUACCUCCUGGAACUUAUGGUCAUAAAUCUGUCUGUCCUUGCUACGAUAAUUGGAAGACAAAGAGAGGUGGACCUAAAUGCCCUUGAGCUUUGUGAUUUUUCUACCUAGAACUAGAACUUUUUGGUUCAUAAAGUACCAAAGAAGAGAAUGGAGAUUUUUUUUUUUCCAUUUACUCGUCUUUUUACACAUAAUAAUCCGUUAGUUUGGAACUUUUGGCACAUUGAUAAAGUUUUGGGCUUAUGGCUAGGUCUACAAUGCUUUCAUGACGCAGAUAUUGGCAUCAUAUUGAACAGAAUAGUAGCCCAAGUUUUAAAGCCCAAUUCUAUUAUAUGGAUUUCAAGUUUGAGCCCACUUAUCGUUUUUCUGGAACAAUGUCCUUCGCUAGGGGUGGUCUUUAAUUUUUGGCCCUCAAAUUGGUGGUCUUUAACUUUUGGCCUUGGCUAAAAAUCCCUUGGUUUCGGGUUGAACCCCCGCUCAGUCAAACAUUUUAAAAUAAAUUCGCAAGGUAGUAUUUGGAUUCGCAAGGCAGAAUUUUGCGAAUCCAAACAUCUGCCUUGCGAUUUUUAUUUUUUUUUGUUUACUGAGCUGAGUUCGAAUCCACAACUUCGGGGUAUUAGACGAAGGGCAAAACUUAAAGACCACCCCAAAUGAAGGACAAUCCGCGGAAAAAAAUGGUUUUUCGGUUGUUACUAUUUGAAAUUUAGGAAUUUUUCAAUUUUUACACUACACAACGGGCCAACAAAAGCUACACAACAAAAAAUAAACUUUUUGCUUCUUACAAAUAUUAGCCAACUGUAUAAUCUUUGUAUAUAAUCAGAAAUAGUCUCUCUACCUCUCAAGAUAGGAAUAAGGUCUGCGUAUACUCUACCCCCCUCAGACCCCGCUUUGUGGGAUUUCACUAAUUAUAUUGUUGUAUAAUCUAUGAUAUAUAGAUUAUUAACCGAAAAUACACUUGUUAGUAUACAUGGAUGACAACUAAACGGUUACGAAUUUUUUCUUAGCCGUCUGGCUAAAAAAAAUUAAGAUACAUUUGAUUUAUGAGAAUCAAAUUAAUCCAAUUAUGAUUGUCUUUUAAGUAAAAGCUACUAAAAGUGUUUGAAUUUUUUU